CCAUAAUUAUUAAAAAAAAAAAAAAAAAAAGUAUUGAUGUCGAUAUCGGCGAUACUGUCCCUGUAUUUACUUGUUAUCGGAUCCACACCAAAUGCUGUUGCACACCACUAGCUCUUGUGUCGCUGUCUUCAAGGUGGGGUCAGUAUUUGGCAGUUGUCUCCAGCUGCGUUCACACUGAAGGAGGCGGGGUCAGUAUUUGGCAGGUUCGUCCCUGGAGGGUGUGUGUCUGUGAGACUCUCCAAGCAACGAGCUGCGAACGGGCAUCCGUGAAAGCCAGUCCGAGCCGAAAGGAAAACAGGAACCACAGUCAUCUCGAGUGUCUUUGCAAUGCCCACGACGACAUUUUCACGUCGUCUACUUUGAUCUCGUCGAAGUUGUCGUCUCCCCAGACGUCAUCUACAGACACCAAGCCAAAAAUUGAUGCAUCUUGCUCCGCGUUGCUGUUUGUUUUGACCUGUGUAGCUAGAAGGGAAUCCUGCUCGAGGGAUUUGCGGUCCGUCAAUGAGGAACUACCGGCUCAUCUUCUGCCACAACCUGAAGCAGCCAUAGAUGGUUCAGUGGUUUACUGGCUAGGGGAGGAGCGGAUAGGACACACUUUCACUGCUACACGACGUGAGGUCUUGGCGGGGUUGUGGUUAGGUGGAGGAGGAGGCGGCCAUGAGGAAGAGCGUGUCCCCGUUGCCAGGCAACGAGGGUGGGAGCUCAGCCAGCACCACACGGGUUUUUGGCGUUCCUUUGGAGGAGGUGACACGGACACACACAAUCAGCGGCCAUGAGGUUCCUGCUCUGGUGAAACACAUUGUCGACUACAUUGAGGAACAUGGUCAUCUGGACUUGGAGGGACUCUUUCUGGUUAAUGGCAACGCAGAGCGAGUGGAUUGGCUGCGUCAGCGUUACGACAGUGGUGAGGAGGUAGAGCUAGAGAAAGAGGGAGACCUGGCAUCGGCGGUCAGUUUACUCCGACUCUUCCUGCAGGAGCUUCCUGAGCCCGUUAUCCCAACGGCUAUACAAGGACACAUACUACAGCUGCACCAAGAUUACAGCAAUGAAGAGGAGCUGUGUAGAAACCUAAAGUACCUCCUGCAGCAGCUUCCCCAGUUGAACUACGGUCUGCUGCGUUUCCUGUGUCGCUUCCUAGCCAGUGUGGCAUCACUUCAGCAGGAGAGCUGGAAUGUCGGGGCGCUGGCCGCCGUCUUCGGACCAGACAUCUUCCACCUGUCAACAGAAGGAGAGGACCUUCGGGACCAGGAGUCUGUCAGCAGAGUCCUGGUAGAGCUGUUGGACAAUCAGGAGGGAUUGUUUGACUCGGAGGACGAUGACGUGUCUACCACCAAUGACUACAGCUCCAUUAAUGAACAGAUCACAGAGCUCUUGGAUGAUGAAAAGUGUGAGGCCGAAUGUGAAGAGCUUCCUCAGGAUGGGGAGGAAGGUCUCGCUGCCGACUCACCACAUUGCCCAUGCACUGACGACAGCCCCUCAGCCAGCUCCCACCUCUCCCCAAUAUCCAUCCUGCCUGCUGACUCCGCCGAGAUAAUUCAGCGAACCAUCAGGGCUGCAGUGGAGCAGCACUUCUAUGAGCUGAAAACCUCCAUCGACCAAGAUCUCAGCAACUACGACAGUCAGAGUCCCAGUGAGUCUUCAGAUCGGGGUUUCCAUGGAGACAGGGAGCAACACAUUGAUCCAGAGUACAGCCCGUGCAACACAGAAGAGGAUACCCCACUCACAAAGAUCAAGCAACAGCAAAGUCAGAAGGACACACAGAUUUCGGUGGACUCCCCUGCCCUGGAGGAAAGCUCGAGAAUGGACCUGGAUGCGGAGGCUGUGGAUGAGGCUGAUGAUGAUGAGAACAACCUUAACACUGCCAAGCAGAACAAUCAGCCCCUUGUGACGAUGGAGCAGACUGUCACCAUAACCUGUGACUCCAGUCCUUGCUGCUGUGAUCAGAACGCCAACACCAGUGAGACCAACAGGAACCACCCAUCGCCAUGCCAACUGAACUCUGGUCACAGUCCACACCUCCAGCUUUUCCCUGACAGCCAGUGGGAAGCAUCACCCCCCUCCCAUCUUCACCUCCCUCCCAUCGACUUCUCAUGUAUGCACCUGCAAAAGGAAGGCCAAGACCCUGUCCCAGCUUUCAAAUCCUGGCAUGACGACAACGAGAGCGGAGAGGCGCAGCUGUCCCCCUUAGCUGGUCGCAUGGUUCCUCUCCCCCUGCUGCCCCUAGAGGAGGACGGUGAGGAGGAAGAGGGGGGUGGAGGGCACGAUGACUCCCCUUCUUCCUCCCGCUCCCACCCUCACCUCCUGGCACGACGCUUCCUCGAUUUUGGAGCGCACAGUGCCCAACGAUUUCUCCAGCAGGACCUGGAUGCCACCUCGCCCACCAAAGCACAGAGGCCGAGGCGGGCAUCUGUGGGCUCCAAAGAGGCGAUGAGAGGAGGAGAUUCAGUGACCCACCAGCUCACCAAGAAGCUUCAGCAUCUGAAGAAGAAAAUUAAACAGUUUGAAGAGCAAUUUGAGAAGGAGAGAAACUAUAAGCCCUCUCAUGCAGACAAGGCAGCUAACCCCAAAGUCCUCAAAUGGAUGACCGAUCUGACCAAGAUCCGCAGGCAGAUUAAAGGACGCCAGCACCACCUUUUACCCAGAAGCACGCUGAGGCACCAGGCUUUGCUCCAUUCACACAGACGCCACCAUGCUCCCUCCUCCUCCUCCUCCUCCUCCUCCUCCUCCCCUUCCUCCUCCUCCUCUAUAUGCUCACCUCCCCACCACACACUCACCCCCCCGCUGCACCCCUACUCAAGCCUGAGCUCUAGACCGUUUCACCUCAAUUUGAUUUUCCCACCGUCAUCUCCUCAUCGCUGUAUUCUUCCUUCCCCAGAUGCCAAACACCGUGCGGAGAGCGAGCUCGGCCCUCAGACUCGUCCUCGUAGCAACACUUUGCCCAAGAGCUUUGGCUCUACGCUGGAUCAAGGUGCUUUUGAAGCAGCUGGGGAGGUCAAAGGUCCUCGUCCCACCAGGGAGGAAACACUGGAGCUGAUCGAGCCCAGGGUCAAAGGGAAGAGGCAGGAGGACGGCUGGCCUGAUGAUAUCAAGAAGAUGACCAAGGAGCAGUUAUCCUGUGAGAAGACGGUCCUUCAGAAGAAUCUGCUGCACUAUGAAGGGCUGCAUGGUCGACCCGUGACCAGAGAGGAGCGCCUGGUGGUGAAGCCUCUCUACGAUCGCUACAGAUUGGUCAAACAGAUGCUCACCAGAGUCAGCAUCACUCCUAUCACUGUAUCCCCAACUAGCAAGAGACGGAGUCAAACCCUCCAGCCAAUCAUCGAAGGGGAAACUGCUCAUUUCUGGGAGGAGAUCAAAGAGGAGGAGGAGGAGGAGCGGAAAGGAGGAGAAGAAGAGGAGAGGGAGGAGGAGGAAGAAGAGGAGGAAGAUGCGGAGAGCAGCGGAGGAGAAAUGCAGAGCUCUGAGGUCAUCAUGGCCGUCGACGCCAUGAGGAGCCAGAACCAAUCUGACAGACAGAGUGACAAGAUGGAGGAGGGGUCGGGGAGGCUGGCGCUGGACCUGCGGCUGUCCAGCUCCAACGCCUCGUCCAUGCCGGAGCUGCUGGAACAGCUGUGGAAGGCCAGAGCAGAGAAAAAGAAACUAAGGAAGACCAUCCGAGAGUUUGAGGACGACUUCUAUCAACAUAAUGGAAGAAACGUUCAGAAGGAGGACCGGGUGCAGAUGCAGGAGGAGUAUCGAGAGUACAAGAGGAUCAAGGCCAAGCUACGCCUCCUGGAAGUCCUCAUCAGCAAACAGGAUUCCUCCAAAUCCAUCUAGACCUCUCCUCAGAUCCACCAUCACUGCAGCAAAGCCAGGAUGUUUAUCAGACUCCCUCACACCUGGGAGACUUCAACGCAAACAACAGCACUCCUCCAAACGAUCACAUGACCUUCAUGACCUCCUCCUGCUGUGCUGCUCACGUCAUGGGGAAAGAAGUAGGCUUUAGAUACAUAGUCACAGGCCUUCAGCAGUGCUCAGAAUCCUCUGGGAUUUCCAAACAUAAUCUCAUAACAAAAACGAUCAAUCCUGGGGUUGCAAUUGAUUAAAACUAGACGGUUCAGUCAUGAACAGACACAAAUUUGACCCCAGUUUCCAGUUUAAUUUGCCAAACUUUUUAGGGUGAAAGGGAAUAAAUGGGCUUAACUUUGAAACUGAAUUUUGAUCAAAAAAUGAAUUCAGUGGUUUAAUUUACGGUAAAUAAAAAUUCAUUGGCUGUAUGAAACUACAGCUUUCCUCUUUGUCCAAAAUAAAUGUAGCCAUACUGGGGUUAUUUGCCAAAUUUCACAAAGUAUUUUAACUAAACUUUUUACAGAUCUUUUCCCAUGAAGUGAAUGCAGCACCACCACAACAUAAAGUCACUUCCUUGAGCUACAGCUAUUUCCUGCUGCCUCAGUCAAGACUGCAUAUCAUUGUGAGCAUAGCAGCAGUUUAAAAACACAGAAAAGGAAUAAUCACUGUGUUUGUCUUCAUCUUCAUCAUCGUCUCACCGACUCUGACUUAAGACUUUGCACUCGUGUCUCAUGUCUCUUUCCUGUUUUUGUGACGGGGUAAAAACAAACAAACUUUCUGUGAAUUCGUAUUGGACAGCUCAAGGACUGGUAUUUUACAUGCACUACCCCAAGACUCUUCUUCAUUUGGACCGUCUCAAAGUUUUAUUUUCAGACUCGUCCCUCUCCACCUUGUUAUGAGUGAACUCAUUUUAAUUUUAACAAUAACUUAACAUUCUCACACCCUGGAUGCACUGACAUCUGACUGAUUUUAAAAUGCAUUCACAGAGUUGAAAUAACAAGUUUGUGAGUGUAUUCUUGUUUUAAAGAGAAAGACAUUUUCUGGAAUAAAAAACAACUACUAACUGAAAAUGGGGGGGGAAAAUAAUCUUACUAAUCGUAAAUGAUUCUGAUUUUCCUUUUUGUUCUUUUUGUUUGCAUUCAGGACAGUUUUCCUCCUUUGGAAAAUAACCGAGUCAGGUCUUCUUUGAGCAUCCUAGGAAAAAAGUGGUGCAUUUAAGUUGGAGGCUGAGCGUCGGCUUAAAGGCAGCAUUGGACAGAAGAUGUUCCCUGGAAACAUUUGUAUUCACAUUUACAUUUUAUUACAUAGGUGGUUGCUGCAGAAAUCAUUUUGAAUUUUCUGCACUAGCUGACAUCUUUCAUCAGUUGUCUUCUGGUCAGUUUGCUGCGUGGCAGGUUCUGAUGGUUUAUGAGUGAUAAAUACUGAAGAAACAAGCCAGUAUCUGGUUCAUGUUGCUUCUUCAGAUGAGUCCAAAAGCACGAAGGCUGCAGGCAGUAUUCUAGGAGAUGCAAAAGUGAUGAGUGCUGGGCAGUUAGCGGACGUUUGGUUGUAUCAGUGAGGUGCCAACACUGCCAGCACUGAUUUUUAAAUGCAGUGUCGUUUCCGAAGGUCUUGUUAGCGUGAGUUAACAAGUUUUUGCACAGUGAAGCAGGACACAUCCAUGGUGAGCCAGAUCUGCAGAUCCAGUGAAGUUUGAUUUCCUGCUGGCGGGUCAAAUGAUGAGGCAAAAGUCAGAUUCUUUUGGUUUAGUACAUGCCAAGAAGCUCCCCCUCUCCAUGUUUCUCCUUUAAGGCCAUGUUAUCUUUUAACAGAUACAAGUGAAACUGUCACAGUGUGAUUUAAAAUAUGGGACAAAGAAGUUUCAGUUAACGUGACGUGUUUUUCUAUUAUCAGAAUCUUCUCGGCUGGUGUGGUCGCUACUCGUGUGUUUUGUUUGCUGUAUGCAGAUAAGACUGAUUUUAAGUCGACUGCAGUUGUGAAGGUUUCAACUCGAAGCCAUGACUGAGACUAAGAGUUGAACUUGUUCGUGUUUGUGAAGAAUACGAGAUGGUGCUUGUUUUGCUGGGACGAUAAAGUUCAGAGGUUUGAUGUAAAGAAAAAAAGAUGUUAUUUGCACAGCAUUCACUGAAUGCAGCCCGUUUGUGUUUUUUCAUUUGUAUUUCUAGAAAUGAAGCACUACUUCUUCUAUACAAAUAUAAAUAUUUACUGUACAUAAAAAGAAAAAAAACACAUACGAAGGAAUGAAUGUCAGAAAUGUUUAAAUUAUUUAAAACAUCACGUUUGCCCCCCUUUGGUUCAUUACAUUUGUGAUGCCCUGAGAAUGUGUUUUUGUUUUUGUUUUAAUUAUAAAUAUUGCUAAUACUAUCAUUACCAUUAUUUUGUGUGAUAACAAUAAUAACCCUUUUGUAUCUACUCACCAGCUAUAGACGCUAGUCUGGCACACCAACCUGCUCUGUUCUGAAUUAUUUUGUCGCUCUGUGUAUUAUAAGCUAAUAUAGCAGCAGUACUGUAGUCAGCUUGCAUGGCAAACAAGAACAUAAUAGUAUGAAAAAUAUGGUGUAUUGUUUCCAUUAUUUGUGCCAUGAAUAAGCAGCAAUAAUAAAAGUUUGCGUAGAGUUUUUAAAGGUUUGGGGUUGUGGGUAACGAUGGGUUGGAUGUGUUGUGUGAACAUUGAGGUCUUCUGUUUGUUCUUGUCACAGACUCUGUUUAGACAAUGUGUUUUUACCACUGCGUCAUGUCGGCACUGCUGAAAACCAAAAUAUCAAUAAGUCUGUGAGGGAUUGAAAAGCCAGUGACAGAUGUAUCCUAUCUGAAAACAUUCCAGUUUUUAAUCAUCAUUCAAAAAGUGGAAAUGAUUAUCAAUCUCUGAAGGGCUUUUGUUUUAGUUUUUGAGUCCAACAAGUUCAACAGUUUAUUCGUUUGGUGCCUCGGUUUCUUCAAAUAAGUGAACAAACUCAGUGUUUUUCUGGUUGUUUUUCAUUGUGCCUGCGGCAGAGUGGUAAAAUUCACAUGUGGUUCACACACUGUAAACUGUAAAUGCAUUCUGUCUCUGUCGGUGUACAGUACGCUUCAUCUCACAUUUACCCAUCUGACGUGCACUGUCGUUUCACAGACCAGGAAUUCACAGCAGAAGCCACCAUCACACAUAUCUCUUGGGUCCGUACGUCUCCUCAAAGUGUUUUAGAAUUGAUCAGUUUUUUGGUCGCAACAGUAACGGAAAACAUAAAGAUAUAUUUUUACAAAGUAGUUGGAUUUGAGUAAAAAAAGGCUCUAAAUCUGUUUGGAUUAAAGACAUAAAUGUCUUGCUGCUUUAAGAAAGUCUAAAUUUGGGACUGCACAAAGUAGCCGAUUAGCCAUUUUUUUUCUUUCAAUCAUAAACUGUGCAGUUAACAGUCUGGUGACAAAAAAAUAAAAAUAACUUCAUGACAUUGUUGAAAAUUUUCUUCAAAUUCCUUUGACCUGAGGGGAUUUGAGGAUGGGCUGUUUGUGAGAUGACCCUCUGGUCCAUCAACAUGUGACGCUGUGUUUUAUUACAUCAAUAUAUUGUAUGUACCUAUAAAUGUUUUCUUACUUUGUGAAUGCUUUUUCUGUCAUUUCUUCAUUAACAAAAAGGAUGAGAAAAUACAAUCAGUAACAGACAUUUACACAUGAAAAUAAAAUUUGAAAGCUUGCUACACCA